UGCGUGCACUUUCUGUAGCGUCGUAUGCACCCUAUUUAGUGCACUACAAGAGGAGUAGGAGCGAUUUGAGUUUCAGCCCGAAGUAGCGAGUUGACACACCGUUAAGGCAGCUAUAUGUUACCAAGAGCACUGUUUGCGUUUUGAUUAAAUCCCCUUUAUAUGUUUGUGCUGUGCACGCGGACUAUGAGCGCGCGGGACGGAGGUGUUCCAACCCGCGGCAGCUGCUGAGCCAGUGUGAGUCAUCUAUAUGGGCCAUCUUCUCUCAACGAAUGGCCUCCGCUUGAAGAAGAGACCGCAGACACUGCGCAAGAAGAAGAAGAGGAGGAGCUGUUUUCUCCGCGGUCCGUGCAUGCUCUGCUUCUUCAUCCGUGGCAGCAGCAGUGACGGCUUCGAGGCCGAGUGCCGUUCCGACUCCGGACUGGCCAAGUUGAGUUCGCCUGAGGACUGCGCCAAAUUCCUGCUCUCCCCGGCCGAGUUGGCAGUGUGGGAGUGCCAGGGCCGGAGCCUGCUCUCCUCCGUGCCAGCCAGGCUCAUUGGACCUCCAGCGCUCUUCUGCACCGACUACUCUGAGAUGGUGUGCAAACGCAAGAGUGGCGAGCCGCAGCCAUUGGCUCCGUGCAAGCAGCCACGCAGUGCUUCACAGGAGACAACAGAGAGUGAAGAGGAUGAGAAGAACGCCAGCCAGUCCCUACUACCCCAGCUCUGCCCACUGCCUUCCUCCUCCUGCUCCUCGUCUUCCUUCUCAGAGGAGCAGGAGAGCUCACUGGUGGGGCUUCAGGUGGACUCGGGUCAUAACCUAAGCAAUGACAAGAACCUUGAUAUUUCCUCUUCCUCAUCCUCCUCUUGCCUUCUCACUCAUAGUAGUGCGGCAGAGGAGGGCAAGAGUGCUGAGAUCACGGACACAUCCCGAAUCAACCACCUACCCUCGUCCAUACUACUCAAGGUUUUUUCUCACUUGUCAGUGAAGGAGCGUUGUCUUAGUGCCUCCCUGGUCUGCAAGUAUUGGCGUGACCUCUGCUUAGACUUCCAGUUCUGGAAGCAAAUUGAUCUCAGCGGUCUGAGACAAGUGAGAGAUGACCUCCUUGUGAAGAUUGCAUCCUGGAAACAAAACGUGACUGAACUGAACAUCUCGGACUGCCGGAACGUUGAGGACUAUGGUGUAUGCACUCUAGCCACGCAGUGUCCUGGUCUGCUGAAAUACACGGCCUACCGUUGCAAACAGCUCAGUGAUGAGUCUCUCUGUGCUGUGGCGUGGCACUGCCCACUGCUGCAGAAAGUGCAUGUGGGAAACCAGGACAAACUGAGCGACCAUGCCCUCAAACAGUUGGGUGAACACUGCCCAGAGCUGAAGGACAUACAUUUUGGGCAGUGCUACAAUGUCAGUGAUGAGGGUCUGAUAGCGCUGGCGAAGGGCUGCCCCAAACUGCAGAGGAUCUACAUGCAAGAAAACAAACUAGUGACUGACAGAUCAGUGCAGGCGUUUGCAGAACACUGUCCAGAGCUGCAGUUUGUGGGCUUCAUGGGCUGCUCGGUCACCUCACAGGGAGUUAUACACCUCACCAGGCUGCGGAAUCUGAGUAGUCUGGAUCUCCGGCACAUCUCUGAGCUGAACAACGAGACAGUGAUGGAGGUGGUGAGAAAUUGCCGGAACCUCAGCUCCCUUAACCUCUGCCUCAACUGGAGCAUCAAUGAUAGAUGUGUGGAAAUCAUUGCCAAAGAGGGAAGAAGUCUCAAAGAGCUGUACUUGGUUUCCUGCAAGAUUACAGACUAUGCAUUGAUAGCCAUUGGGCAGUACAGCAGCACUAUAGAGACCGUGGAUGCUGGAUGGUGUAAGGAAAUCACAGACCAAGGAGCCACGCAGAUCGCUAAGAGCAGCAAGUCCCUGCGCUACCUGGGCCUGAUGAGGUGUGAUAAGGUGAGCGAGGAGACAGUGGAGAGACUGGUCCUGCAGUACCCCCACAUCGUGUUCAGCACAGUGAUGCAGGACUGUAAGCGAACUCUGGAGAGGGCCUAUCAGAUGGGCUGGAGCCCCAACACUUCCACUGCAUCCUAGCUAACACACACACACACACACACACACACACACACACACACAUAUCUAUACAGUCAUAUCAAUAAAGAUGAACUGCUGUUUGCCUUCCUUGUCAGCACAGCUGGUCGGUUUUCAGAGCAUUAACAUUGUGCUGGUACAAUUUCAUUGAAGCUAGAAUCAAUUUGUUUGCAUUUUACUUUAUUAACAACUUGUUUUUUUCUUUGGAAAACUAUCAUCAUAAGCAGAUGUUAAUAUUUCCAGACUUUAGUCAUCCAAAACAAACAUCUUGCUAGCACAUGCUCGCUCUCUCUUUUUUUCUUCUUCUUCAUGCAACUGUGUGCAAUCCAAGCAUUAGUGUCUGAGGAAUAGUUCAUCUUCUGGGAGUUUUAUUUGUGUUCAUCACAACAACUCUCGUACUGUUUAACACCUACCAUAUUGUUCCAAAAUUUUACUCCAUGAUUCAUAUAAAUGUCACCUUAAAGUUUACUAAAAGCAGUCAAGUCAUAACUUGACUAAACAGAUUUUUUUUAGUAACGUGUUGAACACUUAUUCUGUUAUUGUCCAAAUCUUAUAGAAGAAACUGAGUUCUUUAUGGUGGACUUGACUCAUAAAGAAUAUGGUACCUUUUAUGGUACAUUUGUUUCAGACUGUUUCAGUCCAGUGAAGUAGGCAACCUCAUCUCAUAUAAAUCUAACUCAGCUGUCAUAGUAAAAACAGAAUAUUGGGGUUGUGAUAUAUAUCCAGGAUUAUAGGGAGUGUUAUGGAAAAGACUCUGUGUUAUGUUAAACCUUCUAUUCUUCUUUCCUUUCAAAAAAAAAUGUUGUUUAACCCUCGUGAUAUUGUAAACUGUGGUUUGAAGUUUGUUUUGGCUGUUCAAUGAGAACUUUGGAAAAAAACCCAAGGGUUCUUCAGUAUGGAAUUUUGCAUAACCUUUUAUUAAUAUAGUGCUGCCAGGCUUCUGUAUUUGCCUGCGAUGACAUGACUGAGAUGUGGAAUGAUGAAACUGUUCCAUUUAAAGUAGAGAGAUUAGAAUUUAUUCAUCCCUCAUCAUUUCCAUAGCUAGCCUGUGAUAUACUCUUAUGCAAACAACCACCAGGGUAUUUUCCUAUUGUGUAAGAAAUAGGGUAAGAAGGGGAACCACAGGUCUUAGUUAAUGUUUUCCUUUGCUGUACUUAGGGAUUAGAGUCAAUUAACCAUACAUUUCUAAUUCAGUAUAGGCUCCUAGACUGUUCGAAUCCUAAGUGUGUAUGUUCUCUUCAUGAGUGUGUGGAGUUUUUGAGGCCAGAUUUGAUUGAGUAUUUGAAUGAGGUGAAUGAAUUAAGGAAUAAAACCCUUUCCUUGUAUUUUGCUUUUGUGCUCUGUCUUAUCUUAGACCCCCCUUUGUCAUUAUGUUUCACAGACAGGCUUGGCAUUUCCAACCCUAACCUUUUUGCCCCAUUGUUUUUUGUUGUUUUUUUUAACCACUCUGCCACUUUGAGAGGAUUUGUUGACCUUUGGGAAUAAUUUGUCAAAUCAUGACACAAAUAUAAAGAUAGUUAUCUAGUUCUUACCCUCACACCAUCUUAAAAUGUUGCCUUUUCCUCCAUAACUGAGCAACCGCUUUACCCUGGUUAGGACCCAGAGCCUGUCACAGGAACCCACCAUCAUGGGAAACUAAUGUAUUGUAGGUUAUCUCACACAGUUGCACACACAUUCCCUCCUAGUGGCAAUUUAGAGAUGCAGUCCACCUACUAGCAUGUCUUUAGGAGGUGGAAGCAACAAAAACAGGAGAACACGCGAAGCUCUGCAUAAACAGUAAACUGAGAUCAGAAUCAAACCCCAAAGCCUAGAGCUGUGAGCAGCAACACUAACCACUGCCAAGCUGCUGUUAAGUAUUUAGAUAAACACGGGAUUUAUAUAUUCAUCAGAGUCCACCGAAGCACUGUCUCACAUCUAAUCAGCCUUCACUUUAGUGGAUGGUCAGCAUUUGUCUUUCAGUGAUGAUCACAAUUAAACAGAUAUGAGCAAGUGCACACUUCAGAGGCAUUCAAGCUUUCAUUCAACAUGGUUAAGGCCUUGACAUUCAUCAGGUAUCUUCCUUGUUAUGAUUCCAUGCUUUUAUUGUUUUGAUGCAUACUGAAAGUGAAAUGUAUAAAACUAUCUCCCAACAAAACAAUCCAGAUUACAAUCCUUUUGGUGGGCUUUUCUUAAAGAUGAUAAUUCAGUAAAUCAACUCAAUAAUAGACAUUGUUAUUCACUUCUUAAAUAUGUGAAAAAUAAAUAAAUAAUAAUAAAAACAUUUAGCUUUAAUAACA